AUGACAGACGUUGAAAUUACACCAAAACAUUUGAAAUUUUAAAAAAUUGGAUAAGAAAAGACAAUUACUGUCAAGAACAAUAGGAAGGUUGUGCUUAAUUUUGCAUUCAGACUUUUCAAAAAUUACGAAAUAGCCCCAACUGCCCUUCAACUACUUCCUGGAGAAGCAACUGUAGUAACUGUUAAAUUAAGGAAUGUUGAAGCUCAAGAGGACUUUAUUUACAUAAAAGGAGAUAAUUUGGAUUGUAGAAUUGCUGUUACUUUUGAAUGUGAUUCUGACCGUUUGGAUUAAUACAUUGAUUAAGAUAUUCAAAAUAGGACAAUCACAUCGCCAGGAUUUGGAAAUUUAGAGACAUUUGGCAAUGUUAGAAGUGAAUAGUUUAAUGCAGAAGAAAAUAAAAUACUUCAAUAAAGAGUCAACUAUCUAACUUAAUAAAACCAGUUGCUUAAUGAUGCAUUAGAACAAUUUAUGAACUAAGAGAUGGAUGGUAAUUCUAUCAAGGAGUUAUUGAAUCAAUUAAUCGAAUAGGAAAGGUAGGACAAUGAAUUCAGGAGUCAAAGGGUCUUAUUAAUGAUCGAAGAAAAAGAUAGAGAAAUUGAAAACUUAAGAAUGCAAAUAUAGAAGCAACAAUUCAACAGCAAUACCAAAGAUCAGCUCAAAGAACUAGUGAAGGAGAAUGAAAAGUUAUAGAUGAAAAUCUAAGACUAUCAAGCACGAGAGUAAUAUUUCAAUCAGCAUUAACCUGAGAGGGAAAGUUAUGUGAUGUUAUAUAGGAAAUAUGAAUCUGUAGUUGAUUAAAAUAAGAAGUUAGAGUCGAUUAAUAGACAAAUGAAUGAAGAAAUUGAAGUUAUUGCAAAAAGAUUAAAUGAUAGUGGAUUAUAGAAUUCAAAUAUCAGAGUUGAAGAAACUAGGGAUGAACUAGUCAAUAGAUUAAAUGCUCGUAUCACUCAACUGAAAUUAAGAGAGGAGAAGUUACUUGAAGAAAAUGCUCAUUUGGAGGAAAUGCUUAUUCAGUAAUAAGGAUCAAGUUAAAAUUUUUCAUCAAAUUAAUCUAAAAAUCAUACAGAUGAUCUAUUAAAAAAAGAGUAUCAAAUAUUAGAAAAGUCAAAGAAGGAAUUAGAAAAAAGAUGCAAUGAUACAUUAUCCAAAUCUUAAAUACUGGAAAAGUAGGUUGAUGAAUAAACCAAAUAAGCUGGAUAUUUGGGAGACGAAUUAUGGAAAAGUCAAAGAGAAAAUGAGAAAUUAAAAUAAGAAAUCAAAAAAUUAAAAGAACAGGAUGAAUUAAUUAAAAAAGAAAGAUUAGAAUAUGAGUCUUAGAUUUAUGCUCUCGAAUAAACGCUAAAAUAAGCUAGUAGUUUAUAGGAUGUAAAAGAAGAAGCCAGAAAAAGAUGGGAAAAAGAAAUAGGCAAAUUGUAAAGCAGUUAUGAAAAUGAAAUUGUGGCAUAUUAAGAUGAUGCAUAAAAAUUAAAAAAAAUAAUCAAUGACUUAAAAAAAGAAAAUGAAAUUACAAAUACUCAAUUAAAAGAAACUCAAUUUAAACUUGAUUAAAAGAUACAAUAAUUAUCUCAAUAGGAAGAAUAGAUGUAAGAAUUACAAUUCAAAAAUCAAAAACUCUAAAAGGUUAAUCAAUAAAAUUCAAUUGAUAUUGAAAAAACAAAAAGUGAAUUCAUUAUUCUCAAAGAAAAAACAGAUGUUGAAUUUUAAAGAAGAGACAACCUUGAAAAGUAAUUGUAAGAUAGAUAAUUAUGUCUUUAAGAUUAAAUUAAUAAUAUUAUGAAAGAGAAAUCAAUUACUUAAAGUGAAUUACAAUUAGAAAUGAAUAAAUUAUGCCAAUAGCAUAAAGCAUCUAUUGAUUAAUUACUGAUGGAUAAUAAAUCAUUAGAAUAGCAGUAUUUAUUGGCACAAGAUCAACUCAAAGUCUAAAGAGAUUAGUAUGCUUAAAGAGAGGAAGCUUUGAUUAGAGAGGUUAGGAGUAUGUAAGAUAAAAUUGAAAAAUUAGUUUAAAAUUAAAAGUAAAAGGACAAAUAGAGAAAAAACAGUAGAAGCAAUAAUUCUUCAGUAGAUAAAACAGUAGCACCUACUCUAAAUAAUAUUGAGGAAGAAAGAAAAAUCUCUGAUUUAUAUAUGUAGAAAAUUAGAGAAUUGGAAUCAGAGUUAAAUAAAACUAGACAAUCAAAAAUGUAAACCGAAUUUGAUUUUAAUCAACUGAAAGCCAAAAGCACAUAUUUACAAUAAGGAUAAACAAAAGACUUUUACGCAUAAUAGUAACCUGUUCUGGCAGAUGAUUUAAAUGAACUCAAGAAAACUAUGAUUGAAAUGAGACUAGAGAGAGACAAAAUAAUAAAUCAGCUCUAAGAAAAGGAUUAUUAGAUUGAUAAUUUGAGUUCAUAAAUUCAAGACUAUGCUUCUCUUGUAUAAUAAUAACAAGGAAAUCUUGAAUAAAUGGAAAUUAAAUUAAGCUAUAUUAAUGAUGAUUUCAAAAAAACUCUUGAAUAAAAGAAUUCUGAAUUACACAAACUCAAAUUGGAACUCAAUAUAAGGGAAGAAUAGAACUAAGUUUACCAAGAAUAGACUAAGCUAUUAACAAAUGAAAGAAGAGAAAUCAAUGAGAAAUGCUAUAUAUAAAACUUUGAAAUUGAGUAAAUGAAAACAAAUUAUCAAGAAGUUGAAACAUCGAGAAAACAAUUGAUCUAAGAACUUAGAUAGAAAAUUGAUGUGUUGAUUAAAGAUAAUGAAGAAAAUAAUGAGAUAAUAUAAAAAAUUAAUACUGAGAUUGUUAAUCAAAAGGAAAUAUACGAGGAAAUUAUAGAAAGAUAAAAUAAUACAAUGGAAUUGAUAAGUGAGAAGUUCAAUUAAGAUAUGUAAGAAUUGUAAUGUCGAUAAAAUUAAUAUUUUAAUUAGAAUGAUGCCUAUAAAAAAAGUUUGAACCCAACCAAAGAAUAAUAAUGGUUUAAGGAAUUGAUUCAAUCAUAUCAUGAAAAUGUUGUCUAACUUGCAUAAAAUAUGUAGAAAUAGAAAUAAAAUAACGAGAAGAACAAAUAGUUACAGUAGACAAUCAAUCAAUAGAAACAAUAAAUCAAAGAAUUAUCUGAUAAACUAAAUGUUCUUUAAACAGAAAAUUAAAACUUGACAAAAUAAGUUGAAAAACAUAAACCUAAGAUUCCCAGUCUCAAAAAACCAACUACAACUAAAUAAAUUUAGGCAGAAAAACAGAAAUGCGAAGAAUAAGUACCUAUUACAUUGUUAUUACAACAAGGUAAGGUUGCAGAGGUUGAAGUUAAAUCCAAUUAAUAUAAAAUCUAAUUAAAACUUGCUGAAUAAAAGAUUGAUCAAUUGAAAUAAGCUAAUUUGAUUUAUGAGUCAGAAUUAAAAAAGGUUAAUUAAUCGAAUUCUCAUUUAUAAGACUUGCUUAAGAAUAGAGAUUAAACAAUUUCAGAGCUUCAGAAGCAAUACAAGUAAGAAAAUCAAAAAAUCAUAAACGAAUUAAACCAAGUCCAAAAUAAAUUUGUACCAGAAGAUAAGGUUUAGGCUCUUAAUGAAAUUAUCACUUAGAAAGAUUCAAUUAUUAAUUAAUUAAAAGAUGAAAUUUAAAGGAAAAAAGAUGUGGCUGAUUAAUUUAGAGGAGACAGAGAAGAUCAAAAGCAGGUUGUUGAAAAGUUAAAAAAAUAGAAUGAAGAUUUAUAAACAGAGAAUGACAAAUUAAAAAGAGUUAAUAAAGAUAAUGAGAGACAAAAUAGCAAUUUCAAAGAAUUCAAAGAGAAAUAUGAUCAAAUGAAAGUUUAAGAGAAGUAAGUCUAAGAUGAAAUUAAGAACUUGUAAGAAAAGAAUAAGCAACUUAAACAAGAUAAUACAAGAAAGGAUACUAACAUAAAAGAAUUAAAGGAUAAAAUAGAUUAACUUUCAAAUCAAAAACCCAAUGAUGCUGAAAAACAAGAUUUAUUAUAAUAGGUUAAGAAACUAAAAGAAGAAAUUAAUAGAAAAGACUAAGCAAUAAAACACUUUAGGUAAAAGUUUGAUGAGAAAUCUAAUGAAUUUGAAAUUUAUAAGAAUGAUUAUGCUUCUAAAUAUGCAUAGACUGUAUCAGAAUUAGAAAAGGAAAUGAGAAAAAAUGAAUAGGGAAAAAUAGGAAGCAAGAAGUAUGAGAAUUAAGUUAAUAUGUUAAUAUUCCUUUUGAAGCGUAUAUAUAGAGAAAACUAUAUGGAAUUAAAUAAAGGUAAUCAGGCAAAGGUUUGCAUAAAAGGAGAAAAUAAACCUAAAAACAUAUCUAAGUUUUCAGAGUCUAUGAACAUCUUAAAUUUAGGACCUGAAGACCUUGAAGAAUUUUUAGAACCAAAUAUUUCAGUAAGCACAGUUAAAAAAUCAAAUAAUAAAGAUUUGGAUAGAUUUGAGACAUUAUUUAUGAAUCCAGAUUAAUUAGACGUAAAUUAAAUCUUUAAUAUGAUCAAUAAUGUUAUUACUGAAAGAAUAAAUUGCAGUUGA